AUGUCUCAAUCUCCCAAAGAAAAAAUAUUUAUUGGUUCAUUUAUUCACUCCAACGAAUCUGGACAAUUAAUUGUCAUCGAUCGUGGUAUGAUACACGUUAAAAACGGCAAGAUAUCCAAUAUAAUAAUAAAUCCAAACUCAAAUGUUGAAAAAAAUAAAAAUGUCAUUGUUCUUAGCAAUACUCAAUUUUUAAUACCAGGAUUUGUUGAUUGUCAUAUUCAUGCAGUUCAACUUCCUAAUUUAGGAGUUGGAUAUGACAAAGAACUUCUAGAAUGGUUGGAACAUUAUACUUUUCCUCUAGAAAAAAAAUACUUAGAUGAAAAAUUUGCUGAACAAGUAUUUAAUACAGUUGUGAAACAGACUAUAAAGAGUGGAACAACGACGGCAUGUUAUUUUGCAGCUCUUUAUCCAAAAGCAUCUGUAAUACUUGGACAAGCAGUGAUUAGUAUGGGUCAACGUGCUUUAAUUGGGAAAAUAAGUAUGAAUAUAACACGUAGUGAUAAUUAUUAUGAAACUACUGAAGAGUCUAUAAUAAAUAUAAAUAAAUUUAUAAAAGAACUGACUAAAUUAAAUAGUCCUUUAAUAAAACCAGUUAUAACACCAAGAUUUGCCUUAAGCUGUGAUAUGACAUUAAUGAAAAAAUUAGGAAAACUAGCAAAAGAAAAAGAUCUUCAUAUACAGACUCAUGUAUCAGAAAAUUUAGAUGAAAUAAAAGCUGUAAAUAACAUGUUUCCUGAAUAUCCAUCAUAUGCAGCUGUAUAUGAUGGAGCUGGACUUCUUACAUGUAAGACAGUAUUAGCACAUGGAAUAUAUCUUUCAGAUGAUGAAAUUGCAUUAUUAAAUGAACGUGGUACAGCAAUUGUACAUUGUCCUUCAUCAAAUACAUGUUUAAAAAGUGGUCUUUGUGAUGUUCAAAGACUAAAAAGUAAAAGCAUCAAGAUUGGUCUUGGCACAGACGUAUCAGGUGGACAGAGUUGUAGUAUUUUAGAUGCAAUGAAAUCAGCUUUACAAGUAUCAAGCCAUUUAUCCCUAAUUAAGGAAAAUUAUAGAGCACUUAAUUAUAAAGAUGUAUUUCACAUGGCUACUUUAGGAGGUGCAGCAGCCCUUGCAAUGGAUAAUCAGAUAGGAAAUUUCGAAGUUGGUAAAGAAUUUGAUGCUCUUGUUAUAGAUAUAGAUGUAAGUGAUGGGCUUUUGAAUAAUUUGCAAAGCAGUACCUUGGAAGAACGACUUCAAAAAUUUAUAUAUUCCGGAGAUGAUCGUAAUAUUGUUGAAGUAUAUGUAAGUGGGCGUAAAAUUAAAUAAGAAUAAUUUAUAUUCUUGAUAUUUACAUUUUAUAUCUAUCCCACUGCAUAAAGACAAUUUUUUUAAUUGUAUAUAAUAAUGCAAUCACAGUUACUUUAAUUAUGUGCUUACAGUAUCUGUAAAAAAAUAAUUAUAAAUUAUUUGUAUAAUUUAAUAAAUGAAAUAUCAUGAUAUAUAAAAUUACCUUUAUGUUGUUUUAGAAAUAUUUUUAUGCUUUUUGUAGCUUGCUCAAAUGCCUUUUCAAAUCCAGCACUGUUAUUAUCCUAUUAUUUUAAUAAAAAAAUAUCUAAAUUUUUAAUAAUAUUAAAAUUAAAUAAUAACAUUAAUAACGAUACAUACAAAUAAUGGAUCUCGUAUAUUUAAUUCUUCAUUGGGAUUAUAUUUUCCAAGAAGUUCAAUUUUUGCUUGACUAUCUUUUGGUUGCAUUUGACAUAGAUCAUAAACUAUACCACUAUCCAUUCCAAAUAUCCAGUCAAAUUUGUAGAAAUCUUCUUUUGUUAUCUGAAAAUUUAAGGAGGUGUUUUAUCUUAUUUUUUUAAAUAAAAGAAUUAA